CGACUUUAUUGUGCGACAUCACGGAACGAACUAAUGCCGUUCGUGUGAAGUUAGCCAGCAAGCUACUGGUUGCUGUCAUUUUUGUGUGUGCAGCGCGUCAAACUGGACUGUUUCCUCAUCUCAAACUGGUCUCACCCACAGGAUGAUUGACACAGAGAGGGGAGCUGGUGAUGCUGGCACCGCAGAACCCAGCAGUAAGAACAAAGAGAUGGAAAAAAAGAAGCGGUCCCGCGUCAAACAGCUGCUGGGUGAUGUGAAGAAGCAAGUGGAGUUCUGGUUCGGAGAUGUGAACCUCCACAAGGACCGCUUUCUGAGAAAACUCAUUGAUGACUCAGAAGAUGGAUAUGUUGAUAUAUCCGUGUUGGCCGACUUCAAUCGAAUGAAGAAGCUGACAACUGACACCAAGCUGAUCGCGAGAGCACUGAAAAAUUCCUCUGUAGUUGAGGUUAACCUCGAAGGAAAUAAAGUGAGGCGUCAGCUUCCAAUUGGAGACAUACCAAAUAAUGUCGACAGCCGCACAGUCUAUGUGGAACUCUUGCCCAAGGACGUGACACACAGCUGGAUAGAGCGAGUGUUCACAAAAUGCGGGAAUGUGGUUUAUGUUAGCAUCCCCAGAUACAAGUCCUCCGGGGACUCCAAGGGUUUUGCCUUUGUUGAGUUUGAGAAUGAGGAAGACGCACAGAAAGCCAUAGAGAUGCUGAACAACCCUCCUGAAGAUGCUCCAAGGAAGCCAGGGAUUUUCCCCAAGACGAAAAGUAGGAAGCCCGUUCCCCUGCCAGGCGACAAUCCACCAUCAGGUGAAGAAGAGGAGAAGAAAAAGCGGAAGAAGAAGAAAAAGAAAGAAGCGCAGACCCCUGCCGAAGAAACCAAAGAGCAGGCGAUGGAAGCGGACCCGUCGGAGCAGAAGGCGAAGCGCUCAGCAACGGGAGAGUUUGAACCAGAGGUCGCGGUUGCUCAGAAGACACCCGGUAAACUGUCAGACAAAAAAAGACGUAGGUCACAGACAGCAGAGGGAUCUGAAAGUGAAGUACCAUCUAAGAUGAGAAAGACAAGUGAAAAUGACGCUGGAGAGAAGGAGAAAGAUCUAACAAAGACUAAUCCGCCGACUGAAAGCGUCACAGGAAGGGUUGUUGAGGAAGGGAAAGAAAACCGAGACGAUUCAACCGUGAAAGCAAAGAGGAAGAGAAAAAAGAAACACAAGGAGAAAUUGAAAAUCGAGGAGGAAGUCAUCCCACUCCGAGUCCUGUCAAAGAAAGAGUGGCUUCAGUUGAAGGAUGAGUAUCUGACCUUGCAGAAGCGCAGCAUGACAUCCCUGAAGAAGUGCAUUAAUAAGAUUGACCACAAGGAACACAAGAGUCUAAUGGAGACAGACAAUGAUCCGCAAGAUGGAAACAUUGAGAAGGGAAGCAAAAGUGAGAAGGCGACUAAACAAGGACCUCAGUUUACCAGUGGCGUCAUCAUGAAGAUUACAGACAACAAGCCGCUACCAGGGAGGAAGUUCAUCAAAGAUGCUCUGUGCACAAUAUCACCAGUGGCAUACAUCGACAUCUUGGAAGGAGAUGCCGAGGGUUACAUUCGCUUUCACACCCCGGAGGAAGCCAAAGCCGUUAGUGACGCGAGAGCAGAGCUACAGAAAGAGCACAGCUGGAAGCUUGAGAUUCUCUCAGGUGACAAUGAACAAAGGUACUGGCACAAGAUCCUAGUCGACCGCCAAGUGAAGCUGAAUCGUCCGAGGGAAAAGAAGCGAGGCACAGAGAAGCUCAUAUCCAAAGCCGAAAAAAUAAUCCUCGCCCGGGCCAGGGAGGCCACUAAGCACAUCCGUUUCCAAGAUGACUGAGAGCUGCUGAAGCUAGUUUUUGACAUGUUUAACUAUGUAGACUACGUGACUUGAAGGGGACCGUUGUUGGUAAUGCAUAAUCAGCUGGAAGAGAACUGAAUGCAGACCUGAACAAAUGUUAGAAUGUCCCCUUAUUUUUUUUUUGUUUGCACUGGAGCCCCCAAGAUAACAUGGAUUGCUGCUAUGCAUAUAGACAUUUUGGCAACAUUUUUUAAUUGACAGUCUUUUUUAAAAAAACCAACAUUCUGUAUAUAAUGUAAAUAUGAUAGUUCUCCCAGUCAAGUCGUGGCAUUACCUUUUUGAAGAUGUUUGCCUUUUUUGUUUUUUUUAAUAAAAUGUCAUUAUUUGAUCAUUA